AUGCAGCAGGGCCGGCCAUCCCUCUGCUGCGUCUCCACCAUCCGCAGCUCGCAGGGACCACCCGAGCCAGCCGCCGCUGCCGCCUCUGCUCACUUCAGCUUCUGCCGCAGCCUCCUGGAGCACACGGUGUCGGCCGAGAACCUCAGCUACCGCCUGCAGCGCGCCGCGGGCAGCAGCCUCACCUGGCACGACGGCCGCAGCCAGCGCCCCGACGGCACCGGGCGCACCGUCAAACUCCUGCGGCAGCCGGGCACUGAGGGCUCGCAGGUCCGUGGCUGUGACCAUUAUGGCAUCUACCACACCAGCCCCACGCUGGGCAGCCUGGUCAAGCCAGUGGUGCUGUGGACCCAGCAGGAUGUGUGCAAAUGGCUGAAGAAGCACUGCCCACACAACUAUCUCAUCUACGUGGAGGCGUUCUCCCACCACGCCAUCACAGGCCGGGCGCUGCUGCGGCUGAACGGGGAGAAGCUGCAGCGCAUGGGGAUCGCGCUGGAGGCGCAGCGCCAGGAGCUCCUGCAGCAGGUCCUGCAGCUCCAGGUGCGCGAGGAGGUGCGGAACCUGCAGCUGCUCAGCCAAGAUUGCACCAACACUGUGAACCGAGCUCCGCUGGGAUGGGCUGUGCAUCGCCGAUACGAGACCUGAGCCACACGCUUGGAAUAAGAAGAGACAGCUUCCCAGACACUCCAGGGCUCCUCUCCUGCUUCUUCCUUCUCUUUCUUUUAAAGGAACACAUUCCUGUGCAGGGAUGGAAGGUUUCUUCCAGCAGACAUGGCUCUUGGCUGGAGGAAAAUCAGCAAACCAGCUGCUGGGACAGAUGAUGAACUUCCAUCCACCUGAGCCUGACAGUUCACAGGGAAAGAGAUGGAAAAAAGGAGAUGGCAAAAGGCAGGGCUCAGCACUGUGGAGAAAGGCAAUGCAGUGAUUCCAGGGACAGCUCGGAGCCGUGUGCAGGACACUGAAGCAUUAUGCACUUGGGCAACAUCCCAGCACCCAGCAACUCGUGUCCAUGCCUCGGAGCUUAUUUAGGCAGCUUUGGUUUCCUCAUCAGACUGGGCUGCCUUCCAGUGGCCAGGGAGGUGACGUUAUCGGUCGCAAAUAAGAUGAUACAACCAGCCAAAAAAUUCAAAGCGGGGCCAAGACCCCAGCAGCCAGCUCCACUUGGUGAGUAAAAAAGGGAGCUGAGUCAUCAGAGAUGGAAAAUCUGCAAGUAAAAGCAGGUUGGAUGCACCAGGAGGGUGCCAUGGCCGGGAGGAAGCUGUGCCAAGAGCUCAUCCUUCAUCCA